CAUGCCUCGUAAUAAAUGCUGGGAGCUCAAAUUGAACACACUGAGUGCAACGUGACUUUAUAAAUCACAUGAUCAAGAAAACCAAUCGUAAAUGUUUCGGGGGAAAGUCACGUUGCAAAUGCCGUAGAAGAUUGAAGAAUUUACAUCACAUUAAAAUUCGCCAAGACAGUUGAAACGGAGCGCAAAAUUUUGAAUUGUAAUAGUGCUAAAAGUUCAUUUUUUAAAUUAGUGGUGAUACACUGGUACAACAGCAUUACCUUCCAAAAAUUAUGUAUUUUGAUGUCAAGUAGAUGAGCGGAAGUGCGUGUCACACAUCCAUUGGAGAUGAGAAACACACAGUACAUUGGUUCCGUAAAGGUCUGAGGUUGCACGACAACCCAUCUUUAAAAGAAGGUAUCAAAGGGGCCAAGACGAUUCGUUGUGUUUUCGUCUUAGACCCUUGGUUUGCUGGUUCUUCUAGCGUUGGAAUCAACAAAUGGAGAUUUCUGCUGCAAUGUUUGGAAGAUUUAGAUCGUAACUUGAGAAAAUUUAAUUCGAGGUUAUUCGUUAUCCGUGGUCAGCCUGCAGACGCGCUGCCGAAACUUUUCAAAGAAUGGGGGACGACAGUUCUCACUUUCGAAGAAGACCCAGAACCAUUUGGAAGAGUCAGAGAUCAUAACAUAACAGCACUAUGUAAUGAACUAGGAAUAACGGUUAUACAACGUGUAUCUCACACACUCUACCAUCUCGAAGAUAUAAUAGAGAGAAAUGGAGGAAAGGCGCCAUUAACAUACAAUCAAUUUUUAGCUAUAAUAGCUACGAUGGGCCCUCCGCCGAAACCUGAAUUACCUGUUUAUGGUUGGCACAACGGGGCGUAUACACCUUUGAGUGAUGAUCAUGAUGAUAAAUAUGGUGUUCCAACUUUAGAAGAAUUGGGAUUUGACACGGAAGGUUCAAAUCCACCAACGUGGCUUGGUGGUGAAAGUGAGUCUUUGGCACGGUUAGAACGGCACUUGGAAAGAAAAGCAUGGGUUGCCUCCUUUGGGCGGCCAAAAAUGACACCUCAAUCAUUAUUACCUUCGCAAACAGGACUAUCACCUUACUUAAGAUUCGGCUGUUUAUCCACCAGACUGUUCUAUUACCAACUAACUGAUUUGUACAAGAAAAUUAAAAAGGCAUUUCCGCCUUUGUCGUUGCACGGUCAAUUGUUAUGGCGAGAGUUCUUUUAUUGUGCUGCUACCAAAAAUUCGAACUUCGAUAAGAUGUUAGGAAAUCCCAUAUGCGUACAAAUACCUUGGGAUAAAAAUGCUGCAGCAUUAGCAAAGUGGGCAAACGGUCAGACAGGAUUUCCCUGGAUAGAUGCCAUCAUGACACAACUGAGACAAGAAGGAUGGAUCCACCAUAUAGCAAGACACGCUGUAGCUUGUUUCCUAACGCGAGGAGAUCUUUGGAUAUCGUGGGAAGAGGGAAUGAAGGUAUUUGAGGAACUCUUAUUGGAUGCCGAUUGGUCUGUGAAUGCCGGUACUUGGAUGUGGUUAUCAUGUUCCAGUUUCUUUCAACAGUUUUUUCACUGUUAUUGCCCAGUUAAGUUCGGGAGAAAAGCCGACCCUAAUGGAGAUUAUAUAAGAAAAUAUCUUCCAAUAUUGAAGAAUAUGCCAGUUCAGUAUAUUCAUGAGCCUUGGCUGGCUCCUGAAAAAAUACAACAGUCAGCGAAGUGCAUCAUAGGAAAAGAUUAUCCUCUUCCUAUGGUCAAUCAUACUGUAGCUUGUAGAAUUAACAUCCAGAGGAUGAAGCAAGUAUACCAACAGCUGAAAAAUUACCAAAUAAUUGAGAAUGCAAAAUGUGAAAGAAAAGAACAAGAUGGAAAUGCAACAGUUGUAAUGUCUGAUUAUUAGAUAGGAAAAAUAGUAAAGGAUAAAAUUAUUUUCGAUGUAAAAUAUCAUACGUACCUUAACCUUGCGGACCAAUUUUUUCAAAAAUGACUUUUGAUUAGCUUAAUAAUUGUUUUUGUCGCUUUUUUGCCAUUAGUUAUUUAAAAAGAAACCUAUGAUCUGUUAUCUUAACAUAUAAGUUGGCGGGCCACCACAUGAAAAACCGCUUCCCUACGUACGGCAAUUAUAUUUGAACACAUCAAUAAUUGCCGCUUAAUUUGCCGUUCAAGAAAUCAUCGUUGAUUUAUCCGGAGCACAUUGGGGUUGGGCGCAAAGUUGGGAAAUAGCAAUUUUCCAUAUAACUUAGCGGGCCACACCCUGAAAAACUGCCUCUCUAUGUAUCCGAAUUUCACUUUAGAAAAGGCAGCUAAAAACGGCAAUUAUUAAGCCAAUCAAAAGUAAUUUUUGAAAUAAUUGGUCCGAUAUGUUAACGUACGUGUACCACGAGGGUAUAUGGAAAAUAGCCAUUUUCCGACUUUGCUCCCGAUCCCAAUGUGCUCCGGAUGAAUCAACGAUGAUUUCUUGAACGGCAAAUUAAGCGACAAUUAUUGAUAUGUUCAAAUAUAAUUGCCGUACGUUGGGAAGCGGUUUUUCAGGCAGUGGCUCGCUAACUUAUGUGUUAAGAUAGCGGAUCAUAGGUUUUUGUUUAAAUAACUAAAUGCAAAUUCUUGGAGUUUCACUGCAAAAAAACGGCAAUUAUUAAGUUAAUCAAGUCAUUUUUGAAAAAAUUGGUCCGGUAAGUUAACGUACGUAAAUAUCAUGGACGUAUAUAUAAUUAUAUCAAAAAAAUUUGUUUUAUUCUUAGAAUUACUGAAUAUUUGGUGUUAAAUUAAUUUUAAUUUUACAAGGUCUAUUAUUUGUGUGUAUAGUAUGUACUAACGAUGUAUUUCAUGAUACGAGUACUGUUUUAUAGCUUUUUAUAAUGUACUGUUUUUUACUGCCUAGCUGGAGGACUAAUCUCUGCUUCACAAUUACUUAUUUAUCCUGCAUUUAAAUCACUAUUAAUAUGAGAUUUUAACAACCUUAUAAUUGUUUUGCAAUUCAACUUUCAUUUCAUUUAAUACUCUUAUUUAUUCUUUUUAAUCCAACAUGUUACUGCAAUCCGCUUUUAAGUCUCCUCUGGCUAUACACUUAAUAGAUUCAAACAAAAUUAAUAUGAAUACAUAAAAAAGUUACAUAUAAGUUGAAUGAAAACAAAAAAAUGUUUGCAUAUUUUUAUUUUUGUACCAACAGUUAUAACAUAUUUCGUUUAUUUUGAAAUAAAUAUCUCUUCUGUA